UCUUGCAGAACCAGUGACCACCUAAUUCAUGGACAUCGACGACGAUGAUUUUUUCACGAACCUCGACCGACCCGGCCGUGCUGUUAACAAUAAUGCCUUUCAGGAGCGACUUAGACAAGCCCCACGGGAUGACGAUGAUGCAGAAAUACCAGAUGCACCUCCCUUCAUGCUCGAGGAAGAGGAGGCAACACCACUACAGCAGCUUAUAAGACAUUGGAUGAACGAGCGGCAUUCACCUGACAUUCUCCCAAAUGAAGGAGGGUUAUUGGCAGGACUGCUCGACCACAUCAGGAGUCAGUCUGAGACUGUGCAGCUCCUUCGCACAGACCCUUCAUCAUCUGAGGAGGAGCACUUUCGCAUCAUGCUCGUUCAGACGGAGGUAGAACGCGUCAAAUUUAUAGUCAGGUCAUACCUUCGCACCCGUCUAUUCAAGAUCGAGAAGUUUGCUCGGUAUAUCAUGACCAACCCUGAAGUCCAGCAGCGCCUCUCAGAAAGCGAAGUGGAGCACGCGCGUCGGUUUGCCCGAUUGACUGAUCAACAUUUCUAUCAUUCAGUUCUGCAGAGUUUGCCAGAGACCCAGCAGACCCUCGAUGAUCAACCUCCCUUUGUACCUUCUAUGGUUACCGAACCAGAAAAAACUCGUGCAGUCUUUGUGCUUGCUCGACAGGAUUGUCCACCAGUGCGGUUACCAGAUGGGACCGCGUUAGAGAUGCGGAAAGGGCAUAUAUCUUUGACCCCGUAUUCGGUGGUGGAGCAGUUAAUUUCUCGGGGCGAGGUAGAACUUGUGUAGGUCCCUAUAAUAUGUUGUACAGUACAACUGGUCAGAUAUAAUGGACAAGAGAAUAUGGGGUAUGAUGGAAGU